AUGGUGUAUGUCAUGUUUAAAGUUACUCGGAAGGAGUUUUGGAGCACCUACACAAAAGCGCAACAAGGAGAGAGUAACAGAGGAAGUGACUGGUUCCAAUUUUACCUUACCUUCCCAUUAAUCUUUGGCCUCUUCAUUAUCCUCCUUGUCAUUUUCCUAAUCUGGAGAUGCUUCCUAAGAAACAAAACUCGUAGACAGACAGUGACCGAAGGCCACAUACCCUUCCCUCAGCACCUUAAUAUUAUCACUCCACCUCCCCCACCAGAUGAAGUGUUUGAUAGCAGUGGAUUGUCUCCUGGCUUUCUGGAAUAUGUUGUAGGGCGCUCAGAUUCUGUCUCCACUCGCCUGUCCAACUGCGAUCCCCCACCAACCUAUGAGGAAGCUACUGGCCAGGUGAACCUACGGAGGAGUGAAACUGAACCUCAUUUAGACCCACCCCCGGAGUAUGAGGACAUAGUCAACUCCAACUCAGCCAGUGCCAUUGCUAUGGUGCCUAUGGUCACCACCAUCAAAUGAAUCUGCAAACUUCUUUGUACUCUAUCAUUUUUUAAAUACUAAUGAAAGGCCUUUCUAGCACUUUACCACUACAUAAAUGUCCACUGACCUAUUUUAUUGGACCCUUAAAGCAUACCACUUCACUUUUUCUGGUUUUUCAUUUGCUUUGUUUCCUAUUAUAAAAUCAUGAUCCAUACUCAUUUUCACUAGAGAAAAUAUUUGAAGA